CGUGCCCGAAGGUCUUGAAGAGGCAGGUUGCUUACGACAUCCAUGCAGAGACCAGUCCGGCACAUGAAAAGGCAUUCAAUACAUGCCUGCCACAAAAGAUGAAGCACAUACCACCACGGAACAAUACUGCGUUGAUGUGGCGCGGCGUUCAAAUACCUGAAGACUUGCGGUCUAUGUCGUGCGUGUGGGAAGAUAUACAGCAUCUCACGUCAACAAAAGCGUUCCACAAAUGGUUGCAGCAACGCCCUCACUUGCCCAUGCCUCCAUGCCUCAAGAAACUCGAUGAGCCAGGAGACAGGAAGCAGCUGUUUGUCGUACCCUCGGACUAUGUGGGACGAGAUAAGAGUGGUUCACCAUCCGCCCAGGAAUUAGCUCUGCCCGUCUCUCAAUUCUCUAUUGAACUUAAAGAAGUGCUUAGUAAGCUCAUGAACCAGUAGAGCCGUAAAACUGUGAAUGAAUCAACAUCGUAAUUUUUGUCAUUACAUAUUUGGAAAUUAUUCGGUACUACCUAUAUUAUUAUUAGAAUAUUUUGUAAUGGAAAGUUUGGUACAGAAAUUAUUUUUUUACUUAUUUAGAAACGCAAAUAUGUAUGUUGAAUUAAUUGAAGACUUACUUCUUCAACAAUAAACGUCAUUAACAAACGGAAAACUGAUUAGUAUAAUCGUUGAUGGAAAAUUAUUGGCAAAGCUCAAGGUAGUCAAAACAUUGCUUAAAGAUUUAUUACAAUAACAUCCAUACGCAAGCAUAUUAUUAGUUUCGAUGUUUGGGUGUUUAUACUCAAUGGAUAUUUAUAAUAUUUAUCAACACAUAUCUAUUGAUUAGCGUAACCCGUCAUGGUCAUUUUUAUAAAAGUUACUACCUGUAAUCAGAAUUUGUUUGUUUAUAAUUAAUGAUUACCAAAGAAAUAAUUAAAGUUAAUUUCCUAAAUAUUAAAACAAAGAGGAAAUACUCGUCGACCAUAAACCGAUCACGAUAAUUACACCGACAUUAAAGAUAUGUUUGACGAUACCGAUAAUUGAUAACAAUACUUCUAUAUUUUUAUAAUUCAUUUGCAAUCUAAAUCGCACAAACCCAGAGUUACGCAUGCUGUGUGCAGUGAGUCGGAAAAUGUAUUAAAUAUUAAAUAAAUACGGGUUGAAGUGAUUUAAAUAAAAUUACAAUGACGGACACCAACGUACAAACUCCAAGCAAAAAAGAACUAUUGGACGAAAUAGUGAAUAGAAAAAAAUUGGGUGACAAAAAGUUUCACUCGGAAUCUUCGCUUCAACAAUUUGGAGAAAAUGAAGAAACUAAUGGUUCAGAUACAAAUCAGGACCCCGGUGUCCUAAAUACGUCAAUUAACAGUUUACCAAAUGCAGAAGAAGAGUUGGAGAGAAAGCGGACGAUGUCGACGCCUGGCCCCGUGUCUGGGAGUCUCUUGACCGCGUCAGCUGCCAGGGCCGCACGUCGACGUCCACAGAAAAACGUCAUGUAUGCGCCUGAACUUGAAAGAAGUGUAAGUCCUUACAAUCUUAACUCAGUUCAAAAUUUUCAUAUACUUAUAUUUCCUGUUUCCUCUUCAGAUUACAUAAAAUCAACAAUACAAGAAUGUAACGUAAACUCUAAAGUAUUAAUUUUAUUAUAUUGCACCAAAAUCUAGGUAUAAUUAGCUUUU